AUGAACAGCACUUUCACGUUUGGGGAUCGUCAAGCCGGUUACAUGAAUUCUUCAGCUCCUUCUCGUUAUCGGCAAAAUUACCACCGAAGGAACUAUGCACGAGCUCCACAAAUUUGCAAAAACCCGGCUCUCUUCAAGACAACGCUAUGCGACUAUUAUGUUACUGGAGCCGACUGCAAAUUUGGAGAGGAUUGUUGGUAUGCUCACGGAGAGAAGGAUCUGCGAACUUCGUGUGAAAACGAGCAAUACUUUGCAGCUCAACAAAUGGCCACACAUUACCGAAAACCAAUCCAGCCCAUUCAAAAGCCAAGGGAAUCCCAAUGCAAAACUUUGCUGCCUCUGCGUGAGAAUCUUGUCUCGGAACCACAUCAAGAAAAAGGCAUCCCUCCAGCUUCAUUCAAAGCCGAGUACGCAGAAGACACUGUCAUCUUCAUGCCUAUCAAAUGCAGAUCGAUUCACCAAGCCGGGGUUAUUGCUCAAGCUGAGGAAGGGAUGACAGAAGUCGAAAAGAGCAGCCGUCGCACGUCGGCCCAAUUCUCUGCCACUUUUUCGAGCUCGUCUGAAUCGGGACUCUUUUCACCAGCGUAUCCAUUCAAUCAAAGCUUCAAUCUG